AUGGCGUCUUCAGUUCUAACCAAGCUUCGCGCAUACACAACGUACAAUCCUCCCCACACCCUUCAGUCACCACCACCACUAACAUCAAUCAGAUGCGAUGUUUCCGACGCUCUUCUAAAAAUGGGCAUCUCACACGGCGGCUUCCUGCCCAACAUAAGCAUGUGGUCACCUCAGCGCCAAGAAGGCGACGCAAAGCUCAUCGGGCCUGCAUACACAGUCAAGUUUGUCCGGAACAACUACACGGCUGCACCAAAGCCGAAGGAGCAUUAUAUUGAUACCGUUCCUAAAGAUCAUGUCAUCUUCAUCUCAUCCCCACAUGGUGUCUUUAAUGCUGUUUACGGCGGGUUGAUGAGUACUCGCGCUAAAUACUGUGGCGCCGCCGGAACUGUCGUGGAUGGCACGUUUCGAGAUCUACAAGAACAUCGUGGUCUCGACUUUCCAGUCUACGCUCGUAACGUCGGAACACCAAGUCCCCACGAAGUUGCUCGUCCAAGCGAGGUCAACGUCCCCGUCAAACUCCAAGAUCCGGCCUUGGACGUGACAAUCAACCCAGGGGACAUUAUCUUUGGCGAUCUAAACGGCGUGGUCUGCGUGCCUAAGGAUGCUGUUGAGAAGAUCCUUGAGCUUAUGCCCAAGCUCGUGGAAGCUGAUGAGAAUAUGGCCAAGGAUAUUGCAAAGGGAAUGACCUUUUCUGAAGCGAAGGAUAAGCAUCGUUCUUGA